CCCGGGUGUACACUUGGUCUGUACGCAAUGGGAUCGAAAUACGAAGACUCUCAUCAUACGGUGCUCACUAAUGGCACGAGCGAUACUCAGCGAGUUCGCGCUAUCACCGCGGUCUCAACUGUGAGGUACAGUUGCCGCACAUUGGUACGGUCCACCCACCACACGAUGUCUGCUGGAUACAAUUCUUUGGUCCCGGAUUAUCUGCCAAUUGGGUGGUUAUCCUACGUAAAUCCUGAAGGACAGACCUACUAUGCUAGCACGGUGCCAUUCCGCGUCGUGACGGAAGAGCGUCUCAACAUACCAGAGGUCCGGGAUAAAAUAUGCAAAUGGGCGAUGUACUUCGGAGAACUCAUGAAAGAACGCGAAAUUCAAACUGUAGAUUCCGUGGAGCUUUAUCUAGAGCUUUCGCACGAGGGAUGCUCCUAUUACUUGGUGGACCACAGAACUCGGACGGAAUUCUGGCUCGAAGAAUUGUCCACAGAGGCACUGGACUUGCCGGCAGCCGACUGCCCCGCACAUUUGAGAUACGUUCUGGAGGAGCACUAUUGGACUCAUGUCGAGCACUUCCCGAUGCACUUGGGUGGCAUCCCGCGUUCAAUUGUGGAUGAUUUGAUAUCCAUUUUUGUGCAAGGCAGCAUCGACCAGUUGACUUCCAACUGUUCGCCCUUCCCGUAUUGUCCGGAUGAAUGUAGAAAGUUCAUUAAGUUACUCAGAGUCUCAAAUGGUACUCAAGUCAUUAGAGACGGCAAUAUCAUUUUCACAGCCGCGCGUUUGUGGAGUGUAAUUUCGGGGUAUAGGUUUCAAACACACUACGGAGAGGAGCAACCGAAAUUCUCCAGGGAGCAGAGCGCAUUUGCGGCUUCGCGACCCCGCCGCGCCCUAACCAGGGCACUGUCUCUGGCUCUCUGGAGACUUCCUGAAGCAUAUAUCUCCAAACUCGAUAACAUAUACGCCGAUAAUCUAGUAUACACAAAUCACUGGCGCGCAUUUAUGUCCAAGAACCUAGAUGAUUGGAAGACGACCACCACCUGGGCCCUUGCGUUCUUGAUCACCGAUAUGUUGUCAAUGAUGAAUACCUCUUCCCGCCUCCCUCUGGGUUCUCUGUCUGUUCUCCUCUGUGUCGGGAGCAUACUCUCCAGUCUAGCGCUCUCAUUCUACCACCAAGAUCAACCUGAAGCUGUCUCUGCCGAAGCAGCGGUGUACCUCGACAAUGUGCAGUCCGAGCGCUGGGGCUUCGACCUUAUCGGAACGAUGUACAGUCUACCCAAGGCACUGUUUGCCUGGUCUCUCGUGCUCUUCACAGUUCAAUACACUAUGCUCGUUAUCCAUCUUGACAGCGGGGCUGCCGUCGCUGUUAUCUUGGGCAUCGUGUGUUGUAUUGCGCAAGUCGCGAGGGCUUAUCUCGAAGGAUCAGUGGCUUGCCCUGUUUCGGCCUUUCGUGUCAGGAUUACCAGGUUCUUCAGAAGGAAACCAACCGAAGAAUUGCCGUGUUUCGCUUAGGAGAGCUGUUUCGCCUUAAUGCUCCCCCUUCGAUCCAUGCAUCAUAUGUCAGGACUCUGCCAGCUGGCGUGCGCCAACUCGCUGCGGCCGCACAAGCUUGCAUAUCUUCUGGGGCAUCACUGUACUGGGUGAGGCCUACAUGUCACAUCUCCAUCCUGCUGUAUCCAUAUGAAUCCUUCUGUCGAGAUCGCAUGUGGCCUCUCCUUCGCCUUUUAGGUAAAAGUUGGACAUCAAUUGUCCACGUAGCAUUUCUGAAUCUCUAGACAGUCUCUGUAUUGUAGAUUUUCAGCCGUGACGUUAGGAAGUAGAUAUUGUAUAAGGUGAGAGCGCGUACAAUGAUGUAUUACCCAGAUUUUAGAUCCAAGCAUUACACGCAUUCGAAAAUAUACAUGCAGACAUACUACCCUGGAACGUCCUUACGACAUAUGUUAUCCCCCUAGGCUGGACUCGCUGCGAUUCGAGGGCGUGCGUGAGUUGAAAAGGGAGACUGGUGGAUACAAUGAAUUCUGUUCCCUUUGUUGUUGACGUGAGUCCUUGGCAUGGGCUAAUCGAACGUAAGCGUAUCGGUGGAAGUGAUUGAGGGCCUGCAAGAACUGAUACCCAACCGGGUGUGCGCGCAGCUGAUUGAACAGCUCUACGGUCAGUUCUCGUAUUAUCUCUUGUUGGUGGAAGAGACCAAAGCUCAGAGGUAAUAAUCCCCCGUGAUGUGGAGGGAGAAAAGAGAGCAGCUCUACAACCUGGUCAUACGUCCGCACAUUUUCCACUAAUGUACGCAUGAUCAAGUCCACCUCAGAAUCUGACAUGUUUUUUGCGAGACGGAACCGCCAGAUUUGAUGGAGAACAUCGAAUCCUUGUAUGGGGUCAGUUGACAGCGAUCUAUCGAAGUCCUGCUGGAAAUAGUGAUAACUAUUGGUUCUCCUCCAUCCCUCGAUGCGAUUGGCAUUCGAUGCCAACUCGCGCAUAGCUGCCGCAUCAUCACUGAAAGAUAUGCCACUGCCUAGGUGGCCGUCUCGAAAAG